UGCCUUGAGUGGAGCUGUCAGCCAGAAAGAAAUAGUAGUCGCUUUACAUUUGCUUUGGUGUGUUGGCGCUAGUGAAUUUGAUAAUUAAAAUGCGUGGUGAUACUGUAGGCGGUGAGAACUUAUUGCAAAAUGACGAUAUUUACCGCGUGCCGGAGACUAUUCAUUUUCCAACUGAAGAGAAAAAUACACUAGAAAUUUGGAAAAAUGAAAAAACUUUUCAACGUUGCAUGCAGCUGUCGAAAGAUAGGCCAAGAUAUACCUUCUAUGACGGCCCACCUUUUGCCACCGGUCUGCCACAUUAUGGGCACAUUUUGGCUGGUACAAUCAAGGAUAUCGUUACACGGUAUGCUUAUCAACAAGGUUACCACGUUGAACGCCGAUUUGGUUGGGAUUGUCAUGGUUUGCCUGUCGAAUUUGAAAUUGAUAAACUUCUGAACAUACGCGGACCGGAGGAUGUGCAGAAGAUGGGUAUUGCGGCGUACAAUGCAGAGUGUCGCAAAAUAGUUAUGCGGUAUGCUAAUGAAUGGGAGGAAGUAGUAACGCGUAUGGGUCGCUGGAUUGAUUUUCGCAAUGAUUACAAAACGCUCUACCCAUGGUAUAUGGAAUCGAUUUGGUGGGUUUUCAAACAACUCUACGACAAAGGGCUUGUCUAUGAGGGUGUCAAAGUGAUGCCGUAUUCAACUGCUUGUACAACGGCGCUAUCCAAUUUCGAAUCGGGUUUAAAUUACAAAGAAGUAGUGGAUCCAUGUGUAGUAGUAGCACUCGAGGCCAAUAAUAUUGAGAAUACAUAUUUUCUGAUUUGGACAACAACACCGUGGACUUUGCCGUCAAAUUAUGCCUGCUGUGUUAACCCCAGUUUGGAGUAUGUUAAAGUUCUCGACAAGAAAAGCAAUCGUUUCUACAUCUUAGGGGAAUCACGUUUGAGUUCCACUUACAAAAAUGAAGAUGAAUAUGAGAUUGUGGAAAAAUUUCUUGGUAAUACACUAGCAAAUGAGUCAUAUAAACCACUUUUUCCAUAUUUCAUGGAAAAAGGUGCAGCCGCUAAUGCGUUCCGUAUACUUGUCGAUGACUAUGUAACGGCAGAUACGGGUACCGGUAUCGUACACAAUGCGCCCUACUUUGGUGAGGAUGAUUACCGAAUUUGCCUCAAUGCGGGCAUUAUACAGAAAUCUAGUACUCCCAUAUGUCCGCUAGACGAAGUUGGUCGCUUUACAGCAGAAGUAACCGAUUUUGUUGGAUUAUAUGUUAAGGAUGCUGAUAAAUUAAUUAUCGCGAAAUUAAAAGAACGCGGCGUAUUAUUUUCGACUGGUCAGGUCAAACAUAGUUAUCCGUUUUGUUGGCGCUCGGAUACACCUUUGAUUUAUAGAGCCGUACCGUCAUGGUAUGUGCGCGUGGAGCAUAUGUCGCAGAAUUUGCGUGAGUGCAGUGCACAAACCUACUGGGUACCGGAAGGUGUACGUGACGGACGAUUUGGUAAUUGGUUGAAGGAGGCACGCGAUUGGGCGGUAAGCCGCAAUCGUUAUUGGGGUACACCCAUUCCCAUUUGGCGUUCACCAAGUGGCGAUGAAAUGAUUUGUGUUGGUAGUAUUGAGCAACUGGCCAAGUUGAGUGGUAAAAAUAUUGAAGAUUUACAUCGUGAAACGGUGGACGACAUUGAAAUCCCCUCAGCCAUACCUGGACGUCCACCUCUACGUCGCAUUAGUGCGGUAUUUGAUUGUUGGUUCGAAUCUGGUUCUAUGCCAUUUGCACAACAACACUUCCCAUUUGAAAAUCGAAGUAGUUUCAUGAACAAUUUCCCCGCUGAUUUCAUAGCCGAAGGUAUAGAUCAAACGAGAGGUUGGUUCUAUACGCUUUUGGUCAUUUCAACGGCACUCUUCAAUAAGGCGCCCUUCAAGAACCUAAUUGCAAACGGACUAGUGCUCGCUGCUGACGGACAGAAAAUGUCGAAACGCAAGAAGAACUAUCCCGACCCUAUGGAUAUACUGCACAAGUAUGGUGCUGAUGCAUUACGUUUGUAUUUGAUAAAUUCGCCGGUGGUGCGUGCGGAGAACUUACGUUUCAAGGAAGAGGGUGUGCGUGACAUCAUUAAGGAUGUGCUAUUGCCAUGGUAUAACUCCUAUCGCUUCCUAUUACAAAAUAUCGCACGUUACGAAAAGGAAGAUCUACGUGGCUUAUCACGUUAUCGGUAUGAUAAGGAACGCCAUUUGCGUGAGCUGGAGAAUGCAACAUUACUGGAUAUCUGGAUAGUAUCGGUAAAAGAAUCUCUAAUUGACUACUUCGAAAAGGAGAUGAAACUGUAUCACUUGUACACGGUAGUGCCCCGUCUUACGAAGUUCAUUGAUCAGCUGACCAACUGGUACAUACGCUUAAACCGCCGUCGGUUGCGUGGUGAACUUGGCGAUGUCGACUGUCUGCAAUCGUUGGACACCCUCUACUCAGUGCUAUACGCGCUGGUACAUCUACUUGCACCAUUUACACCAUUCCUUUCGGAAUAUAUUUAUCAACGGCUUCUUCCGUUUCAACCGAAGACAUCCAAUUCUGCAGCAACAUCUUCUGUUCAUCACCAAUUGAUGCCCCAGGUGGACACUAAAUUCAUUCGUCUUGAUAUCGAAAAAUCAAUGUCGUUAAUGCAAACCGUUAUUGAAUUGGGUCGUGUUAUGCGUGAUCGCCGUACAGUGCCUCUGAAAACUCCGUUAACAGAAAUCAUUGUAAUCCACAGAGACCCGGCAAGUUUAGCAGCCAUCGAACGUCUGUCCGAUUUUAUACUUAGCGAGUUAAAUGUACGAAAACUAACACUAAGUUCGGAGAAGAGUAAAUAUGGUGUUACGUUGCGCGCAGAUCCGGAUCAUAAGACUUUGGGUCAACGGCUAAAGGGCAACUUCAAAGCCAUAAUGAGUGCACUGAAAUCGCUCAGCGACGAAGACAUACAAACGCAUUUGUCCAAGGGCUACUUCGAUAUACAAAAUCAACGCAUUGAACUCAGCGAAGUGCGUUUGAGCUAUUGCGUUGCACAAAAUCAAGGAAAUAACUUGGAAGCCCAUAGUGAAAACGAUAUACUCGUGCUAUUGGACAUGACACCGAAGGCCGAGUUGUUGGAAGAAGGUUUGGCACGUGAAAUCAUCAAUCGUAUACAAAAACUGAAAAAGAAAGCGAAAUUGGUGCCAACCGACGAGGUGGUAGUAUUUUAUCGUUUAAGCGAUAACGCGCAGGAGGAGCUUCAAGGCGUUUUUCUAAAACAUGAAAAUAUGAUUAAAGCUGCUAUAAAAUCAGAAAUUUUGGUGUAUAGUCAAGAGGCGAUAAGCAAACUACAUUUUAUCAUAACUGAGUUGGCCAACAUUAAAGGUCUAGAUGUAGAGUUCACCAUUUGUGCAGCAAAGGCGACUCGCCGUAACACCCCACAAGCACAUGGCGUAAAUAUUACGCUUGCUGGUGAACUCUCACCCCGCUUUGGACAAAGUCGCAAGGCAAAUGUGCUAUUGAAGAGUGUCGUAGAUGGUAAAUUUAUUACACUAACACAAUUGCAACAUGAGGUGGAUGUGAACUUUGGCCUCUAUGACUGCAAAUAUAAUAUAUUCUUGUUUGAUGGAAUGCAACAACAAGUGCGCGCAUUAAGUGCCAGCGAUUUGAAUGAGAAUUUAAAUGGAAAGGUGCUGGUGGUGGCACGCAAGGCGUGUGACGUACAAAGAGAGCUCUUUCAGAGCGAGUAAAAAGUGAAGCGAGUAGAAACGAAUGAAACGAAUGAAAAUUUAAAGAUUAAAGAAAGUAAUUUAAAGUUGCUUCUUUAGUAUUUAUUUAGAUAUUUCUUUAAGAAAUCUUAAAAAAAAAGUGUCGCAUUGAUUUAUAUUGAACUGUAAACUAUUCACCUGAAUUAAUAAAAGAAUGGAAUUUUUAAAAUCUUGAAGCUUUUUAAA